AUGGCUCACUCGGGAGCACGCAAAUCGGAUCCCCGCGUCUCUUCUCUCGAUGUACACAUCGUGCCACGCAAGCCACCAGUCAGCAUUUGGGACAUGCCGCCCGACGGAACUGCACCACACAGCGCGCCGCGCCCACAGCAAGUGGUCAACCGGAAGAAAUCCACUAGAGAGAUUGUCGCACAGUUUGAGGCACGAGAGGCAGCUUCAUCAGGAGGAACGCCAAACAAACCGCAUUAUCAGAGUGAGAGAGCGCCGCAGACCACACCACGCAGGCAGAGGCUUCCGGGAGACGGACUAGGCGUGCCGUACACUUCUAUGCCGCGAGUGUCAUCCAACCUCACCCCGCCAGUGCGGCCUCACUCUACUGGCCUCACACCGCCCCGACCUCCAGAAGAAUACUCUCCACCACAGAAGGAUCGCAGUCCGCUGCGUGACAGCCUGCGGAAUCUGUUUGCAAUCUUCAAGAAGGGGAAGAGCCCAGCAGGAAAGGAGGACGAGGUGGUGGCGUAUCAGAGAGAUAAGGAGGUGCAUAGAGAUACCUGGCACGGGGACACGUCGGAAAGCGCAGCGAGAAGGACAGUGGCUGGAAGUAUGCAGAAUACGCCCGAAAAGGAGCUCCCUCCCGUUACGCCAGAACAGCGCAAACUCGGUCCUGCGCCACUUCGGUCGGGCCUUGUGUACUACUUGACUGUUGAAAAACAGUGGACCAAGCGGCAAAUCUCUCUUGAACCACCUUUUCUCUUUAUGACCGACCCUGUACUUGCAACUCCUUCUCUCGCGAUGCGGCUGGAGACACUGACAAGCGUGCACUCGCUCCCGCGGUCGUCAGCCCUCACCCUUCCUCCCAUACGCCAGAAGGACUUUCCAGAGGAGCCGUAUGUAUUUGAGCUGGAGUUCGAGGAGGGUAACCGGAUUGAAAUAUUCGCCCUGGAGAGUGCGUCGACGCGGUCGAGUUGGGUGAGCGUCUUCUGGGAUGCCGUCCUUUCCAUGCAACCGGGACCCAGUAUGCCACCUCCCUCCAAACAGGAUGACGACCCUUUCCUGUCUCCCAGUCUUUCGGAUCCAAUGACACACCAUCCUCCUUUACGGGUGAUGAACGGUCCUAUUCCAGCGUCUCCGAACUCAAACACGCUCCCGUCACCCCUGCCGAUGGCAAGAGGUGACUCGAUUGAUAACGUCGGGCAAAUGGCGGGACACACCAGUGCGCCGGGAAGUGGCAGCAAGCUUCGACAAUCGUCCCUCCCCCAUGAUGCCCUCGGACUGACGAGUCCUAACUCGAUCGGUUUGGUGAUCGACGCUCCCGUGCCGACAGGGCCAUCACCUCGGCCAACAAGUCGACCACUACCAUCCCUGCCAACGGAUCAACCUCCUUCCCCAGAGAGAGUUCAGCCAAAUCCGACAAUACCCGACGUCACACCCGUGCCUGUUGACGAGCAGGGCGCCGAUAUAAUUCGUUUCCCCAGCGCUUUUUCCAGACGAAGCCGUACAACACAUGGAAGUCCGAUGUCUCAUGCACUAUUCUCACCGCAAACUGAGCCCGACACUACGCCAACCUCUCCAGCCUCUUCACCUCCUCCAAAACACGUGCUGUCGCCAGCGGCAGAUAUCGAGAGCACAGAAACACGGGAUGCUAUUCGGCUGUCUUCAAUUCGUUCUCCUAGUCCGACCGUUUCUCGAAGAACUUCGUUCGCAACAAAGAACAACUCACCACGUUCACCCUCCAUUCAGACACUGUCGCAGUUGUCUGUCGUUCGUAUGCGACUGGCCAAGCUCGAGGUAGGGGAGGCACGUGUAGUCCCAACUUCUCCGACGCAACCCCAAGGAGCAUCGUCGCCUAAACCGCGGCCACCCCAGUCACCACCUAAACCGGUACAGGCCCGACAGCCGGACACCCCGAAGACGGUGACUCCGAAGAGCUCCAUUCUCACACCUAACCGACGUCUUUCUAACAUGUCUUUUCACACGCCUCCUCUCACGGUCAAGAAGAGGGGCACCAUUCUGCUAUCUCGCUUUCCCUUGCCAUCCUCUAUAGGGGAAGUGAGCAGUGGGGGUGAAGAGUCCUCUGCGGAGUCUGAUAUUGGCCGAGCCCCACCCUCGAAUGCUACGAGAAGUUCGCCGACAAGGCGCUCUCAAUUGCACGUUGUUUACGAGUCUCAUAGAGAUUCUAGCGCUUCUGGACAAACAUAUUUCACGACUGCGCGUUCUUCGCAGCACCCGGAAGGGUAUCCUGUUGAAUGGCCGGACAGCAGCACAGAUAGUGGGAGCUGGUCUGGAGAAGGACCUCGGAAGGACAGUGGUUCAUCGGUGGCAACUGAUAGAUCGUCCAUUGUAGCAACUCCUGUCGAUCUACCGCCCCAGCUUGACCUCGAGCCUGUAAUCGCCAUGCUUGAGCCUCUUCCGGCACACUAUUCCAAUCUCUCCGAGAAAAUGGAUGGUGUCAGAAAUGGGCUUGGUAAUGUUGCUGGCGACGUGCAGAAGGCAUUAAUGGGUAUCGCUGAACUGAGGACUGAUAUUGCCACGACCGCGCCUCCUGAGAAGGCCACGUCCGCCCUGGAUGAGGAAGCAUGGCAGCACGUACGGAGGCAGCUCUCGGAGCUUAUCUUGUUAGUCUCAGAGAGCGUGGCUGGCAAGGGCAUUACAAAGCCAGAGUCGCAGGAGGCGGAGAAUGUGCAGACCAUGAGAAACUUGGGCAAACGUGGCAAUGAUGCAUCAGUCGUUGAUGACGGUGCUCCAGAGCUCAUGGACACUGAGAAACCCGUAAUUGCAGAGGCUGUCCCCAAUGGCCUUCCUAAGGAGGAGCUUGUGGCAUCGCUUGAGCCCCUUCUAGAACAGCAGAAGCAUUUGCAUCUUCAGCAAACAGACACCAUCCGUUAUCUUAAUGAACUUAACCCAUGGCUUCAGAAACUUGCGCUUACCGCGGAGAAGGGCGAUGAAGUGCCGGCCGAGUUGCAGCGUAUCGCUAAAGCGCUGGGGAUCGAGAGGCCGAAGCCACAAGAUGGUGAAGAAGUUGCGAAGGAAGGUCCAUCAUUUGUCACGCACGUGAUAGACAAGCUUGAUGGGAUACGAGCGAUCGUAGAUGCUAACCAACAGUCUCGGGAGGCUAUGAAUGCUGUGCUCAAGACACUUGCAGAACAACGUCAAGAACAAGAGAAGCUUCUUCGUUCUGUGGCAGCAGAACUCUCCAACGACAUUCGAGGUGAACGUCUGCGUUUCGUUGAUGCCAUGAAGGAAGCUACUACCCUCAAUGUGCAAGUGCAUCUAGAGGAGUUUAAGAAGCAGCUGAAUCACGAAGUGUUUCGAAUGACUCAGGAUGUCGGGCAUUUGCGAGACGACAAGAUGAAGCUUGAACAAGCAAUCGCGGAGCUCUUCGCCAUAAAGGCAAAGCAUGGAGACCACCUGUAUCAAAUGCAACAGGCGGCUCACCAGGCACAACAAGCCAGUAUGCAGACUCAAGUGUCCCAACCGAAAGUUGCACCUCCACCGCCUGUGCAACAAUUCCUACAUCCUCAGCAUGUGCCGGGGAUGAUGUACAACCUUCCAGGGGGAUAUGCCUCUAUACCGAGUCAACAACAACAGCCAGUGAGGCACUCCAUACCUCCCGCAAAUGCACGCAUCAAUAUGCCACCCCCAUUGGCCGUGCAACAACCAAUACGGCAAGGAGCUCAUGCAAGCCGACCGUUGCCCUCCACAGGUGGCCGAACGGCUGCAGCUGGGGGCCCUCGUUCUGGUAAAUAGCCCGUGUUAACCCAAUCUGGUUUCUGGACACUGGACAUUUCUGGGACAGUCAAAUA